UGGAAUUAAAAAGUUUUUAUUUUUAUGCAGUUUUUGUUUCCUCCGGCAACAUCGUAGGUGGGUUUGGGAGACAAUUUAACAUUAGUUACCUCAAAAACUCAAAACCCUUACCCUCUUUCUCUUCUUUGCGCCUCUCUUUCUUCCAUUCACCUUCUCGGCUUUAUACCAUUUCUCCACAUUAUACACAACUAAUUCCAAGAUUUACAAAGGUUCUAAUGGCUGCUGCUCCUACAGAGAUGGAUAGGGAACAGAUAUUCUCUAUGGCAGAGAAAGAGAUGGAGUAUAGAGUGGAGAUGUUUAACAAGCUUACACAUACAUGCUUCCAGAAAUGCGUCGAGAGCAAGUACAAGGACUCGGAGUUGAACAUGGGUGAAAAUAGUUGUAUUGACCGAUGUGUUGCAAAGUACUGGCAGGUAACUAACCUUGUGGGGGUGCUUCUUGGGAACAAUCGACCCAUGUAACAUUUUCUUUUUGUCUACUUUAUGGAGUUCGAAUAAUCUAUCAGGGAGAACAGCAAGGAAGAAAUUGAUGAUCCUCUUCUUUAUUCCUCAAAGAUGUUGCACCUCUUUGAACAAAUUUUACUAUAUUUAGAAGUAUAUUUCAAUUUUAUUCCUUGACAGUAAAGAUGAUCUGAACCAAUGUGUAAUGACUAUUAAUGAUUUUUUCUGAUACAGUAGGUAAAUUUCAGAUUUUUGGCCAAAA